GCAACCCAACCAAAUAAAGAUUUGUAAAAAGUCCUCUGCGUUAGGCCAAAACCGUCUUUUUACUUCAACCAUUCUUCUUCUUCUCUCAGCAAAGUAAGCUAACGAAUUUGCUCUCUCUCUCUCUUUAUAUAUAUAUAUAUAUAUAUAUAUAUAGAUAUAGAUAUAUAUACAUAUCAUCGUAAUCAUCGUCAGAUGAUGAUCGGAGCUCAGUGUUGGGACCGUACAGUUUCCGGAGUUUGGAAGGCGACAGAUCCGGCAAAUGCCGGCCGUUCGAUUUCGAAUUCGCUCCUUUACUCUUCGAAUCGCGUCUCGUUUCAAUUAGGUUUCCAACGCCGCAGACAUUUUCGUAAAUCAAAAUCGAUCCUUGUAUGCUGUAGGUCUUCUCGAGGAAGCUUCAAUGGCAAAUCGAGCCACAACAGCAACGAAGAACGCGAUCACGAGUAUCUCGAAGCCUUCAUCCUCCUUUCAGAAACUAUAAGGCAUUACCGAAUGUGUAUGCAAGGAUUCCAAGAAGACAUGACAUGGCAGUCAUCUUCUCAAUUGCCUCCAUUUUCUGUUAAAGCAAAAGAUCCUAGAGCUGAAUUUAGUUCAAUAGGACUGGCUUUUCUUCGUCGUUUUCAAAGUCCCACAAUUUUUCUUAAAAUUUCUUGUGAUGGAGACUUCUUGCUACCAAUUAUUGUAGGGGAAUUUGCCGUCGAAAGACUUAUAGAUUCCUCAACGGAGGAUGGGAGUGGGGACUCCCCAAAUCACUUCCAGCUCGUCAAAAAUCUUGUGGGAAAUCUUGGCUACGAAGUGAAAAUGGUGAAGAUUACAGAAAGAGUGGUUAAUACUUACUUUGCCAGGAUAUUUUUUUGCAAGCCUGGGGAAAAAGAUAUUCUUAGUGUUGAUGCGCGUCCUUCAGAUGCCAUAAAUGUGGCAAAUAGAUGUAAGGCACCUAUAUACGUAAAUAAACAAAUUGUCAUGUCGGAUGCUAUUAGAAUUGCUUAUGGAAUGGGCAGACCACGUGGUGCGAAGUGUAUUUAUGAUGUAUCCUUAGACAGUGCUGCAGAUGGUCCGGAUUUACUUACUGAAGAACUAAAUCUGAUUAAAAAUUUGAAUUUGGCUGUCAAAGAAGAAAGAUACAGCGAUGCAGCCAUGUUGAGAAAGAGACUAACUAGGCUUCUUGAGUCGAGGCAUGAGUUUUAGACUUGUUGUUGAGAUUAAUCUAUGAAUAUUCGUGCUUGUGAAUGACGGGAUAGUGCAUGUCAGAAGAGAAAACCUGUGACCUUGACUUUGAAAGACAAAGAAAGACCUGAUGAAUUGAUAAAUUGUCUAAGAAAUAUGUGAAGUAUUGAUACGGUUCUGCGUUUUCCGUAUUGUAAAUUUGAACUCGAUUGAGCAAUUGCAUCGUUGUAUAUAGUCACGACCAUCAAUCUUCUUUUGUAUGCAAUUAUAAAUUCUGAACCACAGCUGUGUUUGUAUGUAACAGUUGGCAAGUUUUGUAAAAAUAAAUUAAUCAAUGUCCAUAAGAAGCUUAUAUAAGCGAAUUCUGUGUUUGCUA